CAACAUGCCAGCAUGCAGAUCACGGCCGAGCAACAGUACAAGGGCAUCAUCGAUUGUGUGGUCCGAAUCCCCAAGGAACAAGGGGUCCUCUCCUUUUGGCGGGGCAACUUCGCCAACGUGAUCCGCUACUUCCCCACACAAGCUCUCAACUUUGCCUUCAAAGACAAGUACAAGCAGAUCUUCUUGGGCGGCGUUGACAAAAGAACCCAGUUCUGGCGUUACUUUGCAGGCAACCUGGCGUCGGGGGGCGCUGCCGGAGCCACGUCGCUCUGCUUCGUCUACCCUCUUGAUUUUGCCCGAACGCGCCUGGCUGCAGAUGUGGGCAAAGCCGGGGCUGAACGAGAGUUCAAAGGUCUCGGCGACUGCUUGGUGAAGAUCUUCAGGUCCGACGGUCUUCGUGGGCUCUACCAAGGCUUCAACGUCUCUGUCCAGGGAAUCAUCAUUUACAGAGCAGCGUAUUUUGGCAUUUAUGACACCGCAAAAGGAAUGCUUCCCGAUCCAAAGAACACUCACAUUUUAAUUAGCUGGAUGAUCGCACAGACGGUAACGGCCGUUGCAGGCCUGACCUCAUAUCCCUUCGACACUGUCCGGCGGCGUAUGAUGAUGCAAUCUGGACGCAAAGGAGCCGACAUCAUGUACUCUGGGACCAUGGAUUGCUGGCGGAAGAUUGCGCGCGACGAGGGCGGCAAAGCGUUUUUUAAGGGUGCGUGGUCCAACGUCCUCAGAGGAAUGGGCGGUGCUUUCGUCCUAGUCUUGUACGACGAAAUCAAGAAGUACACAUAAAC